AUGAUCGGGGCGGUCCACUCGCACUCGUACGCCGUCCGCGAGCUUACCUCCUUGCGCUCCGUCCGCCAGCCUUCAUACCGGCUCGAGGUGAUACGGUCGUAUGUGCGUGCCAAGAUGUCGCGGGCAAAGCACCCCUCCGAGGUGGCCGCCAAGCUCGAGAGCCUCGAGGCCGAGUUUCCGCACUACGACCACACCUUCAGCCUCGUGCGGAAAGAGUCUGGGCUGGACGCGUUUGAAGGCGCGUCGAGGGGCCAGCGGGCCAACACAACCGUCGGGCCGAUCGACUCGAUGGAGUAUCUGCUCAAGUAUCUCCGUACCCCAGCGGCUGAGGACCCCGAAAUCGCAGAGGCGUACAUUAACAACUACCUCGCCACGAAGCGAGCGCGAGACCUUUCUGGUCCCCAGCUUGUUGACAAGCUCAACAUUAUCUUGAAGAAUGCACCGCUGCUCAAAGAGCAGAUUGAGGCCAUCAAGAGCCAGUUCACGCCAGAAGAACUCGCGGCGAUGAAGUCCAAGCCCGAGGUGCUCAGCACGACGGUCGGCGCGAUCCACUCGCGCGAGUACCUCCUCUCCAAGCUGGACUCGCGGCACAACAGCAGCACCUGGGCCAACGACUGCAUCCGGUCGUACAUCAUGAACAAGAAGAAGCGCGGCGCGUCCGUCGCGCACAUUGACGAAAAGCUCACGAUGGUCGAGCAGCUGCGUCGGCAAUACGCGCACGAGUUUGUGGCCUGCCGCGUCGAGUUCGGCCUGCCCUUCUCCCGCAUCAUCACGGACGCCGACCUCAACGGCGCGCCAGUGACGCCCCUGCCAGCGGGGUACGGCAACGUACUGUCCGAGCACAGUGCAGCGGGGCUCGACGCGCAGUUCAGCGGAGCGGCGAGUACGUCCAACUCGCAAACAGUCGCACGGAGCGCCGCGCCGAGCGCGUACCCGCUCCCAUAUCCGGGCUACGCGCCGCCGACGCACGCGUCCCCGCCACCAGUCCCACCGCCACCGCAGCGGACGUACAUUGCUCCAGCAGUGACCCGGCUCGAGGACGACACGGCGACGCAGCACGGCGAAGCGCUGCCGGCGUACACGCUCGAAGACGCCGAGUGCGAGGCCGCCGUGCGGAUAGGGCAGGCACAGGCAAGAGCAACGGUGGCAGUGGGGGGAACGGCAAGCCGAGCCCCCGACACGGCAGUCCCCGACAGCACGGCCGACCUGCUCGCGCGGCUCCGGCUAGCGGAGGAGGCGCAGGCGCAGGCCGAGGCGGCGCGGCGCGACCUCGAAGCGCGCCUCGCUGCUGCCGAGGCGGCGGCACUGGCCAAGACAGGCGCGAACCCCAUGGCGAACCCCACGCCCGCCGACGCCGCCAAGCCGCCACUCGCACAGCUCCUCGUCUCACAGUACAUGGUUGCGUCUGAUGCUCCAACAAACGCCGCUGCCCAACCCUCGCCAGCGUCGGCGAGUCUGGGUACACCACACCCACAGCAGUGA